CCCCCCCCCCCGAAAAAAAAAAAAUCAUGCACUAGCUUUGUUGUAUUCACAUGACGACGUCGUUCGUUGAGUGUCUCCCAGAAUUUUUCACUCUCAUAACAUUUGACAGAAUCGAAGUAUUUAAGACGGUGUCUAUUUUGGCAGAAAGUUUACAGGUCAUUUGUCAGCAAAUCCAAGAUCCACUGGUCCAUCAGUUCCAAAAUCUUUGAUUAGGACUUUCUUGGUUUAACGAUUAGGGUACAAUUACCAAAAAAAUUACGUUAAAUGGCAUUCUUAGGGGAUAAGGUGGUAGCUGUGAUCAUGGUUGGUGGACCCACAAAAGGUACUCGUUUUCGGCCUCUUUCUUUCCAUACACCGAAGCCGCUCUUCCCUUUAGCUGGUCAGCCUAUGGUUCACCACCCGAUUUCCGCAUGUAAAAGGAUACCCAACUUGUCACGAAUUUUUCUUGUUGGAUUUUACGAGGAGCAGGCAUUUGCCUUAUAUGCCUCUUCAAUAUCUAGGGAGCUUAAUAUCCCUGUCAGAUAUCUGAGGGAAGACAAACCUCUUGGGUCUGCAGGUGGCAUUUCUUACUUCAGAACUCAGAUCAUGGAGGAUCUUCCAUCUUACAUUUUUCUGCUAAACUGCGACGUGUGCUGCAAUUUUCCAUUGCCAGAGAUGCUCGAUGCCCAUAUAAGAUAUGGUGGUAUGGGUAUAUUGCUAGUUAGCAAGGUUUCUGCUGAAUCAGCCAGCCAGUUUGGUGAGUUGGUUGCCGAUCCUGUUACUAAAGAAUUGUUGCAUUACACAGAGAAACCUGAGACCUUUGUAAGUGAUCUGAUAAAUUGUGGGGUUUAUGUCUUUACCUCAGAAAUAUUUAGUGCCAUACAAGAUGUUUCCACACACAGGAAUGACAGAGCUACUCUGCAUCAUUUUUCCAGCCAGCAUGCAACAAGGUCCCUUCCUAAAGAUUUUGUUCGGUUGGAUCAAGACAUCUUGUCACCUCUUGCUGGAAAGAAGAAACUGUACACAUAUGAGACCAUGGACUUCUGGGAACAGAUCAAGACUCCAGGGAUGUCUUUAAAGUGUUCUGCUUUGUAUCUUGCUGAAUUCCGGUAUACCACUCCCCAUCUACUUGCUAGUGGAGAUGGCACCAGCAAUGCCACAAUUGUUGGGGAUGUUUACAUUCAUCCAUCAGCUAAAGUACACUCAACAGCAAAGAUUGGGCCGAAUGUUUCAAUAUCUGCGAAUGUUCGAGUGGCUGCUGGUGCUAGACUCGUCAGCUGCAUCAUUUUGGAUAACGUAGAAAUCAAGGAAAAUGCAGUUAUCAUGCAUGCUAUAGUGGGGUGGAAAUCAUCUAUUGGGAAAUGGUCCCGAGUACAGGCUGAAGGAGACUACAAUUCAAAACUCGGGAUUACAAUUCUUGGUGAGGCCGUAACUGUUGAAGAUGAAGUGGUCGUGAUUAACAGCAUUGUCCUUCCAAAUAAGACACUUAAUGUAAGUGUACAGGAAGAGAUUAUCCUGUAAAUAUUCAAAGUUUUGAUUCCAAGAGCUCUAUACCACCUAGAAUCUACCUUCUUGUCACAAAAGUUUAGCUUAUUCAUAAUCCCUAAUAAAUACCUCUUCUUCUUGCAUCAAGCAUUCUUGUAUUGUGGAUUCAUCUGAGUUAGAAAACAAUUGGAUGUUUUCUUAUAAUACUGAAUUUAGAAGACAUGCUUAACUAACAUUUCGAUUA